CUGCCAUCAUCCUGCUGCUGCUCGCCAUCCCUCCUUCGUUCGCCGAGGUCGCCAUUCUGGGCUACAUCGACUUCGCCAGCAUCAUGCUUGCCAUCGGCAUCACCAUCAUCGGCACGGGAAUCGAGUCUGCUCAGGGUACCAUCACCCACUCUGAUUGGUCAGCCUGGCCCAAGGAGGGCCUGACCUUUGUCGAGGCCUUUGUUUCCCUCGGCAACAUCGUCUUCGCCUAUUCCUUUGCCGUCUGCCAGUUCUCCUUCAUGGACGAGAUGCACAGCCCCAAGGACUACAUCAAGUCCAUCUGGGCCCUGGGCAUCAUCGAGAUCAUCAUCUACACCCUGACGGGCGCCCUCAUCUACGCCUUUGUGGGCCAGAGCGUCCAGUCGCCCGCCCUCCUCUCCGCCGGCCCCGUCCUCAGCAGGGUUGCCUUUGGCAUUGCGCUGCCCGUCAUCUUCAUCUCGGGCUCCAUCAACACGACUGUCGUCGGCCGCUACAUCCAUGGCCGCUACUACAAGGACAGCGUCGUCCGCUUCAUCAACACCCGCAAGGGCUGGAUCACCUGGCUCGUUCUCAUCACCUUCAUCACUAUUAUUGCCUGGGUCAUCGCCGAGGCCAUUCCUUUCUUCUCCGACUUGCUCUCCAUCUGCUCGUGCCUCUUCAUCUCCGGCUUCACCUUCUACUUCCCCGCCUGGAUGUGGUUCAAGCUUGUCAAGGAGGGCAAGUGGUACGAGCGCAAGAACCUCCCUCUAGCCCUUCUCAACGCCCUCGUCUUUGUCAUUGGCAUUAUUGUCCUCGUCGGCGGGACCUACGCCAGCAUUGCGGAUAUCAUUAACCAGUAUCACGCCGGAACUGUCCGUGCCGCAUUCACCUGCAACCCGCUCUCGUAGUUUUCCCUAUUUUGUGGUGUAGAGAUUAGCGUUCAGCGGCAAAGAGCGAUAGAACAAGCGAUGCCGACGAGGGAGAAGUCUCCUCCUGAAGUGCUGUAUUUAGUGUCUCUGACCAGACAGGCUAUUCAGGAUAAGUGGCAAAUUGUCGGACACUGCAAGCAUUUCCAUGAUUAUAAAUGAAUAAAUGAAUAUCAAAAG